CCGGAAACUUUUUUCCUUCUUUUUUUUGGUUUUCGCAACGCAUACGCAGGACACGCAAUAACCGUGCAGGGUAACUCAUGAAAGUUUCCCUAGUUGGAUAAUCUCAAUGGGUUUAAAUAGCCUAGAAAUCUGCAGUAAAUUAUUCUAUACACUUUGAACCACAAUGAAGUUCUACCUCAUUCUUGCAGUGCACUGCUGUUUAACGCUGGUAUAUUCCGCGCCGCUCCGCGAUCCCGAGAUGACGCGCGCGGUGGAGAGCGCCAUGAGUUUAGCCCAGAAGAUUCUGCGCGACAUUCCCGGAGCGCACGAGGCAUGCGUCACAACGAUGGGUUUGACCCUUUCCAGUGAAGCAAAAGACUUGGAGUAUUUAUUGAGUGACAUCGGCAUCCCUGCGCCUCCAGUGCUCAAGUCAGAGGAGCUCACCAUGGAAAUGAGUUUAAGCCGUAUUGUAAAGGGUUUGGAGCUACACCACAAACUUCUGCAGGAAAUCGGAGCCGUCUUGAGCUCCACAGAAGAACUGAAGCUCCUUCUUGCAGAUGUCAGAGAUCUGUCUGCUCAGCUGCAUGAGAUGCAGCGGCUGGCACAGAUUCCCAGUACAGAAUCUCAGAAAGCGUUUACCCUGCAGCUCAACAGUGAUUAUCAGGUGCGAGUGGCGGCUCAUCUUUCCCUCAAGCAGCUGCGCAGCUUCACACAGGAUGUGUUCCGCAGUCUACGACACAUCGCUUUAUCUAACUAGGUUGACCCACAGUGACCUAACCAAGCCUGCGACACAAUGUCCACUUGAACAAACUGUUUUUUCUGUGUGAAACUAUUUUUGUAAUCCAAAAUCCUUGCUACAGCUGAAUUCCACUUUGGAAUAACCCUAUUGUUUUUAAAUGGAUAUAUUAUUAUAUGACUUUUAUAUAUUUAUUUAUUAUAGUUCGUAUUAUUUUUAUGAUGUUAUUUAUAUUGACAGAAGUUGUACCCUAUGGGUGCAGAGUAGGUUUCUAUUUAACCAGAUUUUUAUUUAUUACUGAUUAAAUAUCAUGUUUCACCAACAUGUGAAUAACUAUUAAACAUUUUCAGAAAAAAAAAAAA